AUGAACUACACGGUGCACGCCAUAAUGUAUUCGUAUUACUUCUUGGCUGCCGUGUGUUCUCGCCCUCCACAAUGGGCCCUUUUAGUUACGUGUAUGCAGAUAUCGCAGAUGUUCGUCGGAAGCGCAGUGGCCGCCGUCCAUCUCCGGUCUUUGACCACUCACCAGGUACCCAAUUGCGACGGCCAUCUCCCCAACAUCUUUGCAGCGAUUGCGAUGUAUGCGUCGUAUUUCUUGCUCUUUCUGGAUUUUAUGAUCAAGAGGUUCUGUAUGAAGCGACGCUCUCCCUCGCCACAAGCGAAGAAGACUGAUUAA